AUGUGCCACCUUUGUCUUAGUUUCUAUGGAGACGCUUUCCUCCAGGCCAAGUAUGUGGAGGGCACCCCUCCAGCGGAAGGAGAGACUCUUUCACGCACCGGCGGAGACAAUAGCGGAUUCCAACAUAUGCAUGUCGCUAUAACGGUAGCUGGUUGUAUAGACGCACGCUGCUACCCCACUGGUGGAAAUCAAAGGCUGUACAUGGCGGUGGAGAGUACAAUUUGGCUGUUCUGUCUUCUUUCGCUGUUUUGUGGUCCAUCCAAGCAAGAAAAGCCUGUUUCGGUGGAGCUGAGCUGCGGGGCUGGGCCCAGCCAUGUAGUGUUGGAGCCAGGUUCGCCCCUCUUGCUGGACUGCAAUCUGGGGGCCAGCGAUACACCUUUCAAUGUUACCUGGCUUCAGGAUGGCAAGACCCUGCCUCUGGAGGAGGGCGAUGACUAUCUGCAGUAUUUGGGCAAUGGAUCCCUCCUCCUGCUGCCGACCUCCAAGGAUGGCCACCCUGCCCAGGACGUGGAGGGGGGCUACAGCUGCGUGAGUGCCAGCGCCCUUGGAGCCCUGACCAGCCGGACUGUAAAUGUACUCUUGGCAAGUCUGUCCAAGUUCCAUCAGGAGCCAUCACCCCAAACAGUGCCCGUUGGGGGAGCUGCCCGCUUCGAGUGCCAGAUUGAGGGAGUACCCACACCUGUUAUUACCUGGGAAAAGAACAAAGAGGCUGUCACUGAAGUGACAAGGUUCAUUUCCCUUCCUAACGGGGUGCUCCAGAUUCUAGAGGUGACCAAGCAGGACGAGGGUGCCUACCGCUGUGUUGCAUCCAACUCUGCCAGGAAGGACAUCAGUCAUGAAGCCAAGCUCACUGUCACCUCAGGCUCUACUGAAGCCCUGAACAGAGUUGUGAUUGUUGCACCACCUCAGAAUGCCACGGUAGUCCUCGGCGGGCCAGCUGUGAUGGAGUGUAUGGCACAAGGCCAGCCGAAACCACUGGUGUCCUGGAGCAGACAGGAUGGAAAGCCCAUUUCCACUGAUGUGGUCGUCCUCGCAACAAACCUGGUGAUUAGGGACACAAGGCGUCACCAUGCCGGCAUCUAUGUCUGCCGGGCCAACAAGCCCAAGACCAGAGAGUUUGUCAUUGCUGCUGCUGAGCUGCAUGUGCCUGCCCCUCCAGUGAUCCUCCAGCCCCCAGAGACAGUGUCCCUCUCCCGGGGAAACACAGCCAGGUUUGUGUGCAACAGCUCUGGGGAGCCUCCUCCCGUGUUGCACUGGCUGAAGAACGGCCAACCCAUCAAGUCAUUCAGACGAGUGAAGACCCAAAGCCCUGGAGUCCUGCUCAUCAACCAGCUGGCACUGGAGGAUGCUGGGUACUACCAGUGCAUAGCAGACAAUGGGCUGGGCACGGCCUGUGCCACUGCCAAGCUGACGGUCAUUGUGAGGGAAGGUCUGCCCAGCCCUCCUCGUCACCUGUCUGCUACACCCUACUCCAGCACGACUGCUCUGCUUACCUGGGAGAAACCUGAGUACAACUCGGACCAAAUCAUCGGCUACUCUGUGCACUGCCAGCGCGCUGCAGGCUCGGAUAAUGUGGAGUACCAGUUUGCGAUGAACAACGACACCACGGAGUAUCACUUCAAAGAGCUUCUCCCCCAUACUGCAUACACAUUCUUUGUGGUGGCUUAUUCUCCCAUGGGUGCCAGUCGCCCAUCCCUGCCUGUUACUGUAGAGAUGCUGGAGGAUGUACCGAGUGCACCUCCUCAGCUGUCUAUAGCCAGCACCUCCCCAACAGACAUAAGGCUGAUGUGGCAUCCAUUGUCCUCGCAGCACAGUCGAGGAGCUGUUACCCGCUACCGCAUUGAGUACAGCUCUCUGGAUCAGGCGGACACAGUGUUCACAGUGGAGGUAGGGGGUAACGAGACUCAGUUUACACUGAGAGAACUGCAGCCUAACCAGGCCUACCGACUGAGGAUAGCAGCUGGAACAGGUGUUGGCUUUGGGAUCCCAUCUGAGUGGGCCCAGCACCAAACAUUAGCCCACUACAACCACAGUGACCACAGUAUGGUGAUCUUUGCCCCGACUGAGCUGAAGGUCAGAGCCAGAGUGAACACACUCAAUGUGACCUGGCAUCCCUCACCCAAUCACACACUGGUCUCUGGUUACAAGCUGUCCUGUCGUGAGGUCGAGGCCGAGGAGUCAGCCAAUGGGCAAAGGAGCACACAAACCCACACCAUCAGGCUCCGUAAGAAGGCUCGGUAUCAUCUCCUCACUGGGCUGGUCCCUGACCGGCAGUAUGAGGUGAGAGUUUGGGCAUUCAACAAGCAGAUAGAUGGAGCAGCUGCAAUGUGGAAGGGAAGGACAGACAAAGCCCAUGACAGAACACCGUCGCCGCCCAUGCGCCCCCCUCCGUUGCCCCCAAGCAGCAUCCAAGCCACAACCAACAGUUCCACCUCCAUCUGGCUGCGGUGGGAGAAACCGCGGUUCAGCAACGUACGCAUCAUCAACUACACGGUGCGCUGCAGCCCAGCGGGAACCACAAAUGCCUCUCUGGUCUCCUACCACACCAGCUCUGCUCAGGAGAUACUGCUCGGGGCAUUGAAGCCCUUCACCCGUUAUGAGCUGGCUGUACAGUCUAAUGGAGUGGAUGUGGUGGGACCCUUCAGCGGCACAGUGGAGGAGUCCACUUUGUCUGACCGGCCCUCCACACCUCCGGAGGAGCUGCAGCUGAGUGCUCUGGACUCCUCCUCUGUGCUGGUGAGCUGGCGCCCUCCACUGGAGCCUAAUGGUGUCAUCAUCAGCUACAUGAUACUGUACAGUGGCAACCUCAGCCAGCCUGAGCACCUGUGGAAAAAUCUCUCCCAGGAUGGGAGCAUUACCAGCGUGGAGGUCCAGGGUUUGUCCAGUGGCACCCAUUACUUUUUUAAGUUGGGAGCGUCUACUGAGGUGGGGCCAGGGCCUUAUUCACCUGUAAAGGAUGUUCACACUCCCCUUCAGACAUAUGAGCUGGACAUCCAUGCAGUCACAGGCAUCAUAGUCGGUGUAUGUCUGGGACUGAUAUGCAUCCUCCUCUGCAUGUGUUUUAGCUUUCGUAACAGCAAAUCCAGGGAUAUAUCUGGGGGCCUGGACUCCACAGCUGUGACCCCUCAAUACAGGAGAGGAGGCUGCCCCAUACCCUCCAACUUGCCAGAGUGCAACGAUAGCCAUGAGUUGGAAACACUGAUGCCCCCAGGCAGCCAAGAGUCUGGUCAGCCGCUAGCAGAGGCCCCAGAGGAGCAGAGCCUGAUGGCAAGUGCUAAUCCAGGGGAAGGGGAGGAUGGCCCUGCACCUGAACCCAAGGCUGCUUGGAACGGCUCUGUGAGUCAUAACUGGGCCAACAGAAUCACUAGAUACAGAGACACCAUAACAGAAGACUGUCCAACACUCAUUAACGGAGCUCUCAACAUGCUAAUUACUGAUAACGGCACGGGCUUAGAAGAUCAACUGUGUACAUCCCUCUGCAGUAACCAGGUGGAGGCAGAAGUCAUUGUUCACUCUGAGCUGUCAGAUCCUGGAGGGGACAAAGAGGAAGAGGGCAGCGAGAGGGAGAAGGAUUCUAAUGCCACCAGGGGACCCUCAUUAUCCGAGGACAGAUAUUCCCCUUUGAGCCAGCCAAGCUUGCCAGGAGAGGAGGAACCUCUAGAAAAACUAUCACUGGCGCAAAGCCCCUCAAGUUUUCCCUCGAUUAAGUUGGUGGGUAAUCAUAACCGGGAGCUAGAUAUCCCAGGAGACCAGCCGGUUGCAGUCAUACAGCCACAUCAGGACAUGGGGCUGACCAAUGGCUUCCACUCCCCUAAGACUGUGAGGUCUGUGCUGAGGUCGGAGCAUCUGGAGAACGGGGACUCCAGACACUGCCCUUCUGCACCAGGGAAGGCCAUCUCUGUCGGGCUGUCCCCUGCCCCCUUUGUCAGCUCCGGCUUUGUCCACUCUACCUCAGCAGCACACAGUUAUCUGUGCCCGUAGCGUCUGCAUGUAGGGCAUCGACCCUUACACAAACACAGACAUCAGACUGAUUUUCUUUCAAAAGUACAAAGUACCCAGGAAGAGUCCCUAAGGAUUAUUUUUAUGCACCUCAUUAUUGGAUUUUUUUCUCUUCCUUGCAAAGUUUUUAUAAGUACUUUGAUUCCAUUGUUUCAUACGUGUAUAUACAGUAUACAUAUACAGUAUAUUUUUAGUGGUAGAGUACUGUAUAUGGGUAUGCUUUCUCUAGCAUUGCAACCAUACUUUCCUCUGGGUUUUUUUCCUGUCCAUAGGAAAGAACAGAAAGAUUUAACUUAACCAAGCAGAUGGAAGUGGAUUGAAGGAGGCUAUUCCCACUGUGUCGCACAUGGCUCUGUUCCACUCAGGAAUGAGAAAAAGCCUGGAACGUUCCCUGAGUGAGUGAGCACUUGGACAGGCUAUAAUCGUGGAUGGAAGGAUGGAAGCGGAGGCUCGGUGGGUCUCCCUGGGCUUCGCUGUGUGGAUGCUACUUUACUGUGGCACUGAGGAAUAAGCCUUAAAGAGUAUCUGCACACUCUGAGAGUGCAGAACACCUGUGUCUCUCUCCAGCCUCCUGCUGUCUCAGGGUGCACAUGCACACACACACACACACACACACACACACACACACACAUUCAAACACAGUCAAAGGUAACCGCAUAGCUAAUUCCAUGAUAUCUCACAGAAACUCAAUUGGUCACGCUUAAACACACAUUUACACACACAUUUCCUGACGGGAGUGUGGGGGUCUCAGGUGCCUGAAUAUUCUAGGUGCAUUUAUAACCUCUGUAUAUUUCUAUAGAUUAUUAUAUUCAGAACAAGUUCAAAACACAUGUCAACAUUAAGGGAAAAAAAACACUCAAAAUAUAAAAAGAUAUUGAGUAUGUAGAUUUGGUACACAUGAAGUAUUCCUUUCCAAAAUGCCAUAUGUCCAGGUGGUGUGAUUUUGUAAACCAGGGACACUCAGUUGAAAAGUGAAGUGUUUUUGUUUUGCUUUUUUUUUAAGAUGGUGGAUAUCUCAUUUUGGAAUCAAAGUAUUUACACAUUCAUGUCGACACUGGUUUAAUUAUGUUGGUGGGAGAACUAGAGGAGAUGUUACAACAACCCAUCUGUAGACCACUCUUCUGGUUUGUCUCCCAGUUAGGGAUGCACCAAUGUCCAUACUGUUGUCAAGAUACUGUGCUGUUAGUUGGACCCAAUUGUCAUUUUCAGCUCAGUAUAAAAUUUUUGAUUAUAUGAAAUGCUUGCCAUGUUUUUAAUUUACGGGACAUUCAUCUUGACAAACCUGAUUCAGCUGUAUGGGUCUCUAGUCAGAC